AUGGUGGGUACUUGCCCGGCCUAUGAACUCCUCUCUUCAUCCUCGUCGUCAAAGCGUUGGAGUUACGUCGUGUUCUUGAGUUUCAAAGGCGAAGACACACGCAAAAACUUCACGGGUCACCUCCACAUGGCACUAAAAGACGUGGCAACCAAUGUCUUUAUUGACGAUGACGAGCUUAGAAGAGGGGAAGAUAUAUCAGCGAAGCUGGUGCGGGCAAUCGAAAUGUCCAGGAUCUCUGUCAUCGUAUUCUCGAGGAGCUAUGCCACUUCCAGUUGGUGUCUUGAGGAGCUUGUGAAGAUCAUGGAGUGUAAAAGAACACUAAGGCAAAUGGUUUUUCCAAUAUUCUAUGAUGUUGAUCCUUCAGAUGUGAGGAAACAGACUAGUAGUUUUGGAGAAGCAUUUGUGAAACACGCUGACCGCUUCCUGUUUGAUAUGGAUAGGAUGCUUACUGUUUCUGAAUACAAUUUACCUACCAGGCUUGAGGCAAAGUUUAUCAAGGAAAUUAUUGACGAGAUUACUAGGCACCUGAACGUCACAUACUUAUUUGAAGCUGUCUACCCAGAUCAGAUGAUGUUUGCAUAG